GGCGGAGGCGACGGCGGGGGCAUGGGCACGGUCUCGGGCUGCCGCGGGGAGGAGAGGCGCCGGGCGGGCGGCGGAGCGGGCGCGCUGCUGGGGCGCAGCCGGCGGCGGAGGCCGGGCAUGGGGCCCCCGGGCAGCCGCGGCAGCACCAGCAGCUCCCGCGGCAGCCUCCAGCACUUGCUCCUCUUCCUCCUCUUCGUUGGACCUUUCAACUGCUUCGCCAGUUACAGCCGCGCCACUGAGCUCUUCUACAGCCUCAACGAGGGGCUGCCCGCCGGGGUGCUCAUUGGCAGCCUGGCCCGUGACCUGCGGCUGCCAAUGGCUGGCGGGCAGCGCCCCACAGCCCCCCAGCCACCCCUCUCCUUCACCCUGGCCUCCCGUGGCUUGGGGGGACAGUACGUGCAUCUGGACAACCGCUCCGGAGAGCUGCAUACCUCGGCCCUGGAGAUCGACCGGGAGGCUCUGUGCAUGGAGAAUGGUGGGGCCACUGUCUUUGGGGAGGCAGAUAGCACGUCCUCCUCCUCCUCCUCCUCACUCUCGUCCGAGUCAUGCCUGCUGCUGCUGGACGUGCUGGUGCUGCCGCAGGAGUACUUCCGCCUGGUGAAGGUGAAAAUCGCUAUCCGAGAUGUCAAUGACAACGCUCCCCACUUCCCUGUGCCCCACAUCUGCCUCUCGGUGCCUGAGAACGCACCUGUGAACACCCGCCUGGCUAUUGAGCACCCUGCCCUUGACCCCGACGUGGGCACCAAUGGUGUCCAGACUUACCGUCUGCGAGAUAACUACGGUGUCUUCACCCUGGACGUGGAGGAGAAUGAAAGCGGAGAGAGGACCCCCUACCUGAUUGUCAUGGGGGCUCUGGACAGAGAGACACGGGAGGAGUAUGUCACGGUCAUCAUUGCUGAGGAUGGGGGCACUCCUCCGCUAGUGGGCAGUGCUACGCUUACUAUUGGCAUCAGCGACAUCAAUGACAACUGCCCCCAGUUUAGCGACUCGCAGCUCAACGUCACCCUUUAUGGGAAUUCCAGCCUAGGGACACAUGUGGCCACUGUCCAUGCAGAAGACCUGGACCUUGGGUCCAAUGCGGAGAUCACCUACUCCUACAGCCAGAAGGUCCCUCAGCCAUCCAGAGACUUGUUCCACUUGGAUGAAAGCACAGGAGCCAUCACUCUCUCCAGAAAGAUUGAUGGGGACGCCCCAAGGCUCCACAGGCUGAUCAUAUUGGGCAAUGGUCCUGGUUGUAUCCCUGCUGUGAUCACAGUGCUAGUGACCAUCAUCAAAGUCAUGAUGAGGCCACCUGAAGUUGUCCCUCGUUUCAUAGCUAAUGAAGUGGAAGGAGUGGUGUACUUAAAGGAAUUGGAGCCUAUUAACACACCAAUAGCAUUUUUUACCAUCAAAGACCCUGAUGAAAAAUACAAAGUUAAUUGCUAUUUGGAUGGUGAUGGGCCAUUCAGACUUUCACCAUACAAGCCAUACAACAAUGAAUACCUCUUAGAGACCACAAAACCUUUGGACUAUGAGACACAGCAGCUGUAUGAAAUCUCUGUAGUUGCAUGGAACUCAGAAGGAUUUAACGUAAACAAAAUAAUCAAAAUACAAGUUUUGGAUGACAAUGACAACUCACCAGUUUUCUCUCAACAGCUGAUAGAAUUAUCCAUUGAGGAAAACAAUGUUCCCAAUGCUUUCUUGACCAAACUGCAUGCUACAGAUGCUGACAGUGGAGAAGGAGGGGAAGUGUCCUAUUUUUUAGGGCCUGAUGCUCCUUCCUAUUUUUCUUUGGAUAAAACCACAGGAGUUCUUACAGUUGCCACUCAACUGGACAGAGAAGAAAAGGAGAAAUACAGAUAUACUGUGAAAGCAGUAGAUUCUGGGUUCCCUCCAAGAGAGUCAAUAGCAACUGUCACCAUCACUGUGUUGGAUAAAAAUGAUAAUAGUCCAAGAUUCAUCAAUAAGGAUUUCAGCUUUUUUGUGCCAGAAAACUUUCCAGGUUUUGGUGAAAUCGGAGUUAUCAGUGUCACAGAUGCUGAUGCAGGGCAAAAUGGAUGGGUUGCCCUUUCAGUCCUGAAUGGAAGUGAUAUUUUUGUCAUAGAUACUGGAAAAGGAGUUUUGAGAGCUAAAGUCUCCCUGGACAGGGAACAGCAAAGCUCCUAUGUGCUGUGGAUCGAAGCAGUUGAUGGUGGUGAUCCUGCGCUGUCUUCUACUGCAAAAAUAACUAUCCUUCUUCUGGACAUAAAUGACAACCCCCCUUUGGUAUUGUUUCCACAGUCUAAUAUGUCUUAUUUGUUGGUUCUUCCUUCUACCCUUCCUGGCUCUCCCAUCACUGAGGUCUAUGCUGUCGAUAAAGACACUGGCAUGAAUGCAGUCAUAGCAUACAGCAUCAUAGGAAGAAGAGGGCCCCGGCCAGAGUCAUUUAGAAUUGACCCUAAAACUGGUAAUAUCACCUUGGAAGAGUCGCUCAUGCAAAAUGACUAUGGCCUGUAUCGACUGCUUGUAAAAGUUAGUGAUCACGGCUAUCCAGAACCUCUCCAUUCCACUGUCAUGGUGAAUCUCUUCGUCAAUGACACAGUUAGCAAUGAGAGCUACAUUGAAAGUUUAUUAAGAAAGGAUCCUGAUAUCAAUAUAGAAGAAAAGCAGCCGCAAAUAUCCAUAGAGCCUACACAUCAAAAAAUGGAGUCAGCAUCCUGCAUGCCUACUUUAGUAGCUCUGUCAAUAAUAAGCUUGGGUUCAAUUGCUUUAGUAACUGGGAUGGGCAUUUACAUCUGUCUGAGAAAAGGGAAAAAGCAUCACAGAGCAGAUGAAAACAUGGAAGUACAAAUCCCAUUAAAUGGAAGAAUUAACCUGCACAUGUUGGAGAAGAAACCAAUGGAGAUUUCCAACAUAUGAUGUUUCCUUGUGGAUAAUUCAAAUCAAUAUCUGGAAAACCUUAGACAACUCUGAAACACCUAGUUGUGGUUCGUAUUGACAGAGAUUGCAGUGAAGGACCACUAAUUUAUAACUUAAUAAUAUUAUAAUUGUAAAUAGCUGUUUACAGUUUUUUAAAUUCAAAUUCAGUGUACAGCUUUUUUUAUGAAAACUUAGUACUAACAGCUAGCACCCUGUCUAUAAAAACAUGGACAUCAUUUGCAGCUUUCAUUAAUUGAUAUGAUCAGUGACCGUAAAAAAAAAAAAAAAAACGGGAAGGUAAGAAUUCUUUAAGCUCAAGUUUUAAAAGUAUUUUUAACCACAAGAGGGCAUCAGAUGCUCCUGAGCAGGGAACUGGUUGAGGUACUGUCCAUAAGAUAAACAUAAAGUAUAUUUUAAAUAUAUUGAUUUUAAUAUAAAAUAUGCUUUGGCUUACAGAGAUUUACACAGACACACACACAAAAAAGAGGAAUGUCUGUUCCGAUGUGUGUAUAAUUAAAAGAAUAAGAACAUUAAAAUGCACUAGUAAAGAAUUAAAAAAAAAUGUUUAUUACCUCACAAGUAAAGCUUUUACAGUAGGAUAGAAAAGGCAUUAACAAGAAGUGCAAUUCCUGUUGAGAAAGAAUGCAAGAUACUGUAAUGAGAAUCUGAACUGCUGUGGCAUACCAUCUUUCAUUUGCUCUAGCUUUCACCCACACUAUCAUUUGUUCCAGAAGUCUGCUGGUCAUUUUUAUGGAAAAUUAUAUUUAAUAUUUCCUACAGGAAAUAAAGACAAAACCCCAUGCUCAUCCUUGUAAACAUGCCAGAUAUGAGGAAGCAAGGGAAUGGCUAAAUCUUUAUUUGUCACAGAAGUGGUAAUAUUUUUGGUACUUUUAGCAAUCUGUUGUUAGUACUCCAUCAGUUUGGUUGUGUAAUAGAUUUUUCAUGUGAUACUUCUGAAUCUGAUCUGCCAGAUGAAAACAAAAAUUACUUCAUUUUAUAGGGAAUUAUAGGACUUGGUUUGUAGUGACUGUUGCUCCUUUCUGGAUUGGUAUUUCAUGUGAAAGAUCUUAUUUCUGACUUCUGGCUACCAUUCCUGGCUCCUUUUCAUUGGCUUUGAUUUUGGAUUAGAUCCAAAAUCUGACUUGUAAGACUGGCGGCAUAUUUUCUUGAUAAUUUAUUCUUCGCUGUAUCCUCUGUAAUAAAGCAGCAGGUUUAUCAGUGAUGUCUCACUUUCACUUCAUUUUAAGAACUGAAAACUAUAUUUUGUAUGAUGAUUACAUCAGAUUUCUCUGUGUGAACAAGAUAAAUUAGUGUUAUGCUUAAAACUGAUUAUUUUGAUUUCUGGCAUCAUAUGUCUGUAAUGUACCAAAAGUGUUUAUAUGUCUGCAAAUUAAAGCUAUAUAUUUUCAUAGUAACUUAUUCUUUAUCUAUCUUAUCAUGCUGAAUAUUAUUUUAGUUACAAGGAAUACAUACUUCACAAAUAUCUGACUGCUGGCUAUGUUAUAUCUCAUGAUACUUCUCCAAAUUAGUACACUUCAGAAUCAUUAUUGAGGAUUUAUGUUGUCAUCCUUGAUAUUGCUGGUAAAGACAAUUUUAUUUCAGCUGAUGUAAGUUGGGCAGCAGCUGAUACCUGCUUUAAAAAGUAGGGAGAGCAAUUUGAGGCAGUUUUUGAUUUUCUUUCUGUGAGUGGCACAUUACUUCACCGUGGGCCUAUUAAAGUAUUGGAGCUUCUUGUAGAUGUUGAUUCUGCUUAGCCUAAGUGUGUUAAGAUAAAUUCCAGAUUUUGUUUUUCCAUUUAGAAUAUUUUCUGUUUGUGCAUAGUUUGUUAGAUGAGUUUCAUGAAAAAAUAAUUCAGCCUUUCAGAGGUUUGUGGUUAAUCAUUUUUUUUCAUUUAAUAUUAUUAAAUUAUGGAAAGGGUACAUAUUCCUGAAAUUCGUCACAGAGACAUUGUUUAUUAUCUCUGAAAAAAAAUGACAUUAGUUCUUUGGAUCUGGCUUCUGUAUUAGAGAUACUCUGUAAUCGGGGGGGGGGGAGGUCUAGAUCCUCUGUAUUUUUUUCUUCAGUAGGGAGACAAGGUAACUGUUAGAAAGACAGGAUUCUUUUCAUUGCUCUUUUAUUAUUUGAAUUAGCAGUCCAGUAUCUUCUCAAGAUGCUAUGAACAGCAGCAAACCCAAGACUUAAAAAAAUACAACAAAACCAAUAACCUGAUCCUGCAAUAUGUUUGUAUGACACCAGACAGUUAUUUUUAUUCAGAUUUCACAAAUACAUGGACUUACACCUCUUUAAUUAAACUCACUGAGUUUAAAUGUGCUGUUCUCAUUGUUGCUUUUCUUUGGUUUGUUUCAUUCAAGCACAUUCUUAAUGCGUAAUAAAAUAAAAUGGUAUGAGCCCGUAAAAACCAAA